AUGGCCGCGCACGCCACCAUAUCCGCGCGCGCCGGCCCCGCGCCCGGCGCCGGAGCGUCGGCCCCGGCCGAGCGCCUCGGCUUCCGCCGUCUCAUCUCGGUGGCCGGCCGCGGCCUGCGCUCCCCGCUCCCGGCCCGCCGCCGCCCGCCGUCGUCCGCGUCCGUCUCCCGCCGCCAGCGCGUCGUGCGCGCCGCCGCCGCCGAGACGCUCGAGGGGAACAAGGCCGCCACGGGCGAGCUGCUGGAGAAGUCGGUCAACACGAUCCGGUUCCUGGCCAUCGACGCCGUCGAGAAGGCCAACUCCGGGCACCCGGGGCUCCCCAUGGGCUGCGCGCCCGUGGGUCACGUCCUCUACGACGAGGUCAUGCGCUACAACCCCAAGAACCCCUACUGGUUCAACCGCGACCGCUUCGUCCUCUCUGCCGGCCACGGGUGCAUGCUCCAGUACGCCCUGCUCCACUUAGCCGGGUACGACAGCGUCAAGGAGGAGGACUUGAAGCAGUUCAGGCAAUGGGGAAGCAGAACACCGGGCCACCCUGAGAACUUUGAGACUCCAGGAGUUGAAGUUACCACUGGACCUCUUGGUCAGGGUGUCGCCAAUGCCGUUGGGUUGGCACUUGCUGAGAAGCACCUGGCUGCCCGCUUCAACAAGCCUGACAAUGAGAUUGUCGACCACUACACGUACGUUAUUUUGGGAGAUGGUUGCCAAAUGGAGGGUGUUGCUAAUGAAGCUUGUUCCUUGGCUGGGCACUGGGGUCUUGGCAAGCUCAUUGCUUUCUACGAUGACAACCACAUUUCCAUUGAUGGAGAUACAGAGAUUGCAUUCACAGAGGACGUGAGCACCCGCUUUGAGGCUCUUGGGUGGCACACAAUCUGGGUUAAGAGUGGGAACACUGGCUAUGAUGACAUCCGUGCAGCUAUUAAGGAAGCAAAGGCGGUUACCGACAAGCCCACCUUAAUCAAGGUGACAACCACAAUCGGUUUUGGAUCACCCAACAAGGCCAACUCAUACAGUGUGCAUGGAAGUGCAUUGGGUGCCAAAGAGGUCGAAGCAACCAGGCAGAACCUUGGAUGGCCCUAUGAGCCAUUCUUUGUACCAGAGGAUGUCAAGAGCCGCCACAUGCCACAAGGUGCUGCACUUGAGGCUGAUUGGAAUGCCAAAUUUGCAGAGUACGAGAAGAAGUAUGCAGAGGAUGCAGCAACUUUGAAAAGUCUCAUCACAGGGGAGUUUCCCACUGGCUGGGCUGAUGCUCUUCCGAAAUACACUCCAGAGAGCCAAGCGGAUGCCACCAGGAACCUCUCCCAGCAGUGCUUGAACGCACUUGCUAAUGUUGUGCCUGGUCUUAUUGGAGGUAGUGCUGAUCUUGCGUCCUCCAACAUGACCCUGCUUAAGAUGUUUGGUGACUUCCAGAAGGAUACGCCUGAGGAGCGCAAUGUCCGCUUUGGAGUCAGAGAGCACGGAAUGGGCGCCAUUGCUAAUGGCAUUGCUCUGCACAGCCCAGGGUUUGUUCCAUACUGUGCUACUUUCUUUGUCUUCACUGAUUACAUGAGAGGUGCUAUGAGAAUCUCAGCUUUGUCUGAAGCUGGAGUUAUCUAUGUUAUGACCCAUGACUCUAUUGGUCUCGGAGAGGAUGGCCCAACCCAUCAGCCCAUUGAGCACUUGGUGAGUUUCCGCGCAAUGCCGAACAUACUGAUGCUUCGCCCGGCUGAUGGCAAUGAGACUGCUGGAGCAUACAAAGUUGCAGUUCUCAACAGGAAGAGGCCAUCUAUUCUUGCUCUCUCAAGGCAAAAGCUUCCUCAUCUGCCUGGCACCUCAAUUGAGGGUGUUGAGAAGGGUGGAUAUACCAUCUCUGACAAUUCAACUGGCAACAAGCCUGAUCUCAUCGUGUUGAGUACCGGCUCUGAACUUGAGAUUGCUGCCAAGGCUGCUGAUGAGUUGAGGAAGGAGGGGAAGACUGUCCGUGUUGUGUCAUUUGUUUCCUGGGAACUUUUUGAGGAGCAGUCAGAUGAAUACAAGGAGAGUGUUCUCCCUGAGGCUGUUACUUCAAGAAUCAGCAUUGAGGCUGGUUCUACUCUCGGAUGGCAGAAGUAUGUUGGAGCCCAGGGCAAGGCCAUUGGCAUCGACAAAUUCGGCGCAAGUGCUCCUGCUGGAAAGAUCUACAAGGAGUAUGGCAUCACUGUGGAGGGCGUUAUUGCGGCAGCCAAAAGCUUCUAA